AUGAUUUCACUAGAAGUAUUGCAAUUGGGUAUGAAUUUUCAUCUUGAGGGUAAGAUUCCUAUCAGUCUUGGUAACCUCUGCAAUAUAGAGGUUUUGGACCUCAACAGUGUAAAUAUUAGCCAAAAUUUUAAAGAGUAUGGUGGCCUCUUUUCUGGCUGUAUCAGAAAUAGUUUGAUGGAAUUGCUCUUACCUCAAACUUCACUUGUUGGUUAUGUUCUAGAUGAGGUUUGGAACCUCAAGUAUCUAGAAAUUCUUAACAUUUCACAUAACUCUCUCUUGGGUUCAAUACCAACAAUAAUUAGAAGUCUUUCAUCACUAAUUAUUUUAGAUCUAUCAAACAAUCACUUUUGUGGUGUUAUCCCGAAGAAUAUCAGGCAUCUAUACAAUUUGUAUGAAUUGUCUCUAGAAAAUAACAAUUUGGAAGGUCCAUUGACAGAAGACAAUUUGGCAACAAUAUCUCAGUUAUCAUUUCUCAGCCUUUCAAUCAACAAACUAAAUGGUAUGGUACCUUUUAGUUUAUGUAAUUUGAAAAAUAUAGUGGUGUUGGAUAUCUCUGGGAACCAUUUGUCUGGAGAGCUUCCUAAUUGUUGGAAUAAUGACUUACAGUUUUCAAAGUACCUCAUUCCUCAACUUUCUAAUCUCAUGGGACUUCAUAUAUUAGACCUCUUCCCCAAUAACUUGUCAGGUUCUAUACCAAAAAGCUAUGGCAAUUUUAAUGCCAUGAAAUUAUCUAACAAGAUGAGCCAUUUGGGAGAUUUUUCUUCUUACAAGGAGAACAUCUUAUUGGAUAUACAGGGGAAUGAGUACAAAUGUGAAAUAAUUUUACCCCUAAUUAGUGUUAUGGACCUUUCUUACAAUUGUUUAUAUGGAAGCAUACCAGAAGAGUUAACGAAUCUUCUUGGAUUGAAGAGCCUAAAUUUAUCUGGAAAUAAUCUUAUCGGAGAGAUUACAAACAAGAUUGGCAAAAUGCAUGAACUGGAAUCUCUUGAUUUGUCUAGAAACAGCCUGUAG